AUGCCUUCUGCCACUUCAACAACAACAUCCGCCGCUCCUCCCAGAUCACACACACCACAGUUGAGAUCCAAGUCUUCGUCGCGAGGCCUCAGGAGACCAAACAGCGCCGUUUCGACCCCGAAUCUCAAGUCCGCAUACGCUUCUCAUUCGCGUCUCGCUCCGCCGCUGCCUCGCAAGGCCUCGCUCGCACAGCUCAACGCAGGCUCUCUUGCCAGCAUCCCCGAUGUCACUGAGAGUUACGCCGUCGAUUCCGUCCUGAGCGACUCGUCCCAGAAUAUGAUUCCCACAACACCAGGCCGUUCCCAGGCCGCCAAUGUCGCUCUCGGCGACACUGUUGAUGUUCCUGGUGGCUUGCAGGGUACCGUCCGUUUUGUUGGUCCUGUUCAGGGCAAAAGGGGCAUCUUUGCCGGCGUCGAACUGCUUCCAGACUUUGCCAGUCGAGGGAAGAACGAUGGCGAUGUCGAUGGAAUCUCAUACUUCACCACCACCAUCCCCGGUGCUGGCAUUUUCCUCCCCGUGGCCAAAGCCGUACGCCGCGAGUCGAUUCCAUCCUUCCCCAUGACUCCGAGCACCAGCAACUACGGUGGCCUGAGGGCUGGAAACCAGAAUUCUGUCAACUACACUCCUCCGACCCCCGGCCUGCCCAAGUUUAGCGCUUCAGUCGGUCCCGGUGCACGAGCUCCCAGUCCCCAGCUGAAGCGAGCGCCAAGGACCUCUCUCCCCCGUCCCGACUCCCCUGUCCGCCGAAUGCAGAUGACGCCUGGACCACGACCAUCUAUGACCACCCCGGCCAAGACGCCAUCAAGAUAUGGUAGUCCGACAAACGCGCGCUUCGCCCAGAGUGUGCGCGGCACCUCUGGAGACCCAAGCAAGAGGACAUCCAAGCUGGAUCGCAAGCCUAGUAUCGGACCCCGGAGCGUUUCUGCCCUGGGUUCCAUCUCUGGACUUGAUGAUGAUCCCACCCCCAUGGGAGUCAAGCGGACGGGGACCAAUGGCAGCAUGGGAUCCGUCUCAUCGUUCAGCAUGAAGAUUCGUCCUGCAUCUCGCGCCAAUAACGCGAAUGAAGAGGAGAUUGAGCGCCUAAGAUCUCAGCUCGAGGACCGGGAUCGACAGCUCAAGGAACAGUCUUCUACUCUGGCUGACAUGGAGGGUAGCUUGGUCGAACUGCAGGGGCUUAUGGAGCAGGCAGAAGUAUCACUGGCGCCUCAGCGGAAUAGCUGGGAUAACAAGGACACGGCGCAGCUUCGCCAGUUGCUGCGGGAGAAGAAUGACAAGAUCGCGAUGCUCACGGCAGAGUUCGAUGCCCAUCGAGCAGACUUCCGGAGUACCAUCGACACCCUGGAGUUGGCCAGCACCGAGACAGAACGCGUGUAUGAAAAGAGGAUAGAGGAGUUGAUGGGCGAGCUUCGUGAGCUCGAGUCAAGAAACCUGGAUGUCGACUCGGUAGCAACGCAACUCAAGCAGCUGGAAGAACUUGUCCAAGAGCUCGAGGAAGGUUUGGAGGACGCUCGUCGCGGAGAGGCAGAGGCUCGAGGUGAAGUCGAGUUCCUCCGGGGAGAGGUUGAAAGAACAAGAACGGAACUUCGACGUGAGCGUGAAAAGGCUACGACUCCCAACAAUGCUAGUGCGAACGGCGACACAGUAUCCUCCAAGGAGCUUGAGCAGAAAGAUGACGAGAUCAGGGGUCUCAAAGCUAUCAUCCACUCUCUCAGCCGAGACUCAGUCCCCGGAGAAGACAGGACACCUGUUCCAAGGCCCGGCUCGAUGAUUGCGGGAGAUGCCGUCGAGAACAAGAUUGCGCGCGAUAACCUCGAGCGACAAGUGGCUGAGCUGCAGUCGAUCCUGGACAAGAAGAGCAGCCGGGAGGACGAGCUUGAGAAGGAGCUCGAGUCGUUCCGACAGGCGGCCGGAGCCACCAAGGCUGCCAACAGAUCCUCGCUGAGGGAUUCUCGCGACACGGUCGUCCUGACCCAGGCCAUGGAGAACCGCCCAGUCGAGCCUACUCACAAGCGGGCCAGCACCCUUGACACGAUGCCCGAGAGCGAUGUCUACUCCAACGCCACCGAGACUAGCACCCUCUGGUGCGAGAUUUGCGAGACUAACGGCCACGACAUCCUGACAUGCACCAACAUGUUCGGCCCUGAUGGCGCCAAGACCAACGGCGAUGUCAAGAUCAAGGACUCUCACCGCGACGAGCUGAAGCCUCACACUCCCACUGGCGAUGAUGCCCCGGCUCCUCUGUCGCCCUUCAAGACCAAGAACCCCGGCCCUCCUUCGCCCGCCGUCAGGAUCCUGCCCAACCCCAUGGAGUCUGGCCCGGUCGCCGGCAAGGAGAGCGGCAUCAUGGACCCCGAGAAGUGGUGUGCUCUGUGUGAGCGCGACGGCCACGACAGCGUCGACUGCCCCUUUGAGGAUGCCUUUUAA